ACACACACACACACACACACACACACACACACUCAUGAGACCUUUGUCCCACGGCUAGUGUCUCUACACUCUCUUGGCUUGUCUUGACAAAUGACUAAAAGCAUACUGGGCAGAAAGGCCAGAUUAAAAAUAGAGUCAGUUCUACGGUGUUAUAAUGUGCACAAAUGCCUUUGUUUUGUUUUUGUGUUUCAGACGUCAAGCUUUAGUGCCGCAACAAUGAAAGCUCACUCGGUUUGGUGGUUGGUGGUUCUGGCAAUAUUGAAAAAUGUUUCUUGUAGUGAAAGAACCCUCUUCGAACUGGUCACCACGUCCCUGACAGCUAAAGAGGGAUCCUGCGUUGAAAUCAGCUGCAGAGUCAAUGGAAGAGUAAAAGCUGCUGGUGCUCACUGGUUUUGGAUAAAGGACGUAGUGUGGAAUGAAACAGUUUUGAUUGGCACCGUCGUCUACAGCAUGAAUAAGUCACUCAUUCCUGUCAGCACAGACUUUGCUGACAGAGUGAAAGAAAUCAGUUCUCUUUUACCAGCUUCAGGAGGUUAUCUUACAAUCUCAAAAAAGAGCAGUAUUUUACUCUGCAACUUGAAAAAGUCCGACAUUGGAAAAUAUUUCUUUAGAUUUGAUGGGGAAGGAAAGUGGUACACCGACCCAGUGAUGCUACAUGUUAAAGACAAUCCAUGCCUGAUCACUUUUCAGCAACCGCCCGUCUUCAAGGAAAACGACACAGCAACGCUCACUUGCUCCACUUUGAGUUCAUGUGGUUUAAACCCAGUAAUCAAAAGUUCGAGUCCACGGUCUCCGACUUCACACCUAACGCAUCCACAGGAGAGCAGAAAUCAGAAGAGCACCUCGCUCAGUUUUACUGUUAACUGGCAGCAUGACGGAGAGGAGUUUUCCUGCCAGACAGAUGACAGCGACAGAUAUUUGAUUCGAAAUAUCAGCUUAACUGUGGAAUAUGCUCCCAGAGACACACAGGCUGAAAAACACCCUGCAGAUGUUGUGGAGGGAGGAUCUGUGACUCUGAAAUGCGUCGCCAACGGACGUCCAGAUCCCAACUUCACAUGGUUCGGAAAUGAAAAUAAAGAAAUUGGAAGAGGGGCCGAACAUAAGAUCACGUUGAUUGUAGAGUCACAGAGUGGGGAAUACCAUUGUGAAGCUACAAACAAACUGGGGACAAUGAAAUCAGACCCUGUCAACAUUAACGUUACAUACCGGCCCGAGGUUGAGGUGUCCAUGUCCCCUACUGCCACAGUUAGACAAGGAGAUGUGAUGACUUUGACAUGUCGUGUGAGGAGAAGCAACCCGCUACCUCACACUUUCACCUGGAUCAAGAACAAGAAAGCCCUCAGCGAGGAGAGGACGGAGCGGUACGUCGUCCAGAGCAUCCAGCCUGAGGACGCAGGCGAUUACAAAUGCUCGGCCAUUAACGUCCGAGGCGAAGGAACAUCGGUGCCCUUUAGGGUCAAAAUGGCCCAAGGAGGACAAACCAUUUCCAUCAGUGAAGAUGAUAAACGUGUGGGAGUUGGUAAAUCUCUGACAUUUUAUUGUCAGACUGAGGCCAAUCCCUCCCCGCUUGGAUACUCCUGGUACCGAGACAACAAAAUCAUGGAGAUUGACUCCUCACGGUGGAAGUACGAGACAACCAGAGAUAACAAACGAACGCUGGUCACAGUAGAGAGAACAGAUCAAGGUUGUUACACGUGCAAAGCAACCAACUUCAUCAAUACAGGGAAGCAAAGCGAGCCAGUGUGCAUAGAAGUGCUCUAUGCUCCCAGCAGUCCAUCGCUAUCCAUGAAGACCGAGGUCAGGGAAGGUCAGCUGGUCUCCAUCAGCUGCAGCGUUGAAAGCUCCCCGCCCUCAAAGCUCACCUUGACACUAACCUCAGAGUCAAAUCCUCCGUCUUCAAAGGUGCUUUUCACUCAUCCUGGUAGUGACCGGCGGCCCAACAAUCUCUACCACACGUUUCACGUCACUUCCACCCACGCUGGCUUCUACACCUGCGACGCCACCAACACCGAAGGCUCAAUGACCAGCGAACGGAAGAAGCUGGAGGUGAAAUAUAGUCCCAAAGACGUGAGCGUAAUCGCUCGGCCUUCCCUCGUCGUGGAGGAGAAGGAGCCGUUGACUCUGGAGUGCAGCGCCCGGUCCGACCCACCGGUGACCUCUGUCACCUGGAGGAAGAUGAGCGAUGGCGCGACCGAGAUCCUCGGGAAGACGCAGACCUUCUCCCUGAAGUCGGUCGGCCCUUCCGACAGCGGACAGUACAGCUGUGAAGCGAGCAACGACGUGGGAACCGGAAACUCACCGCAAACCGAGCUUAGAAUCAAGUAUGCCCCGAAGCUGACAAAGAUCACAGAGACGGAGCAUUGGGGGGCCGACGGCACAAGUUCUGUGACGCUGAGCUGCAGCAGCCACAGCUACCCGCCGAUCACGCAGUACUUGUGGUACAAGGAGAACCACAAGGCAGCGAAUAAAAAGGUGUCCAUCAGCGACCAUCAGAACUACACGGUGUAUUCAGACCAACCGGGAUCCUACUACUGCGUCGCAACGAACGACAUACAUCAGAGAGCGUCCAGCCCCGUCCAUCUGUUUGAGCGAAACGUCUUGAAGACCGUGUUGAUCAUCCUGUUUAUACUCUUUCUACUCACCAUUUUCUUGAUUGUCGUUGUCUAUAGACAAAAGAGGAAGCGAUCAAGUGAACAAGCAGCUACAAACACUUUCGGUUUUCUGCGCUGGUGGAACAGCAGCGAGAGGAAUCGGACGAACGGCCGCGGUGCAGAGGAUGACCUCUGGCCGGACCGUCCAAAGGCCCCACGAUGCAAGUCUCAUCCAGACAGCACACCUGCAGCCAACAUCCACAGCAUUUACUGCACGGUGAACGAGCCCUCGGGACAACCCGGUCCUCCUGCACUAAACACAAUCACAGAGAAAGGUGGGAACACACUGGAGGAUUCCCUUAACUACGCCUCUGUGCACUUUGGAAAAAUAAACCAACAUGCAAAGGCGGGAGAAGAUGUGUAUGCUAAAGUGUCCAAGCAAAAGCCGCCUGAAAAGAGUGAGGAAAGGGAGGAGGACUACGAGAACGCAAGCUGCGCCCACAUGGCCGGAGAUUCAGAUCCACGGAGCUACGACACGGACACCAGCGAGGAGGAGGUGGAGGUCCACUACUCUCAGGUGACCUUCACGGCGAAGCCCGGACGAGGGGGAGGCGGCUGGCACUCCAGCAGCUCCGAGGGAGACGAGACGCAGUACUCUGAGGUCAAAGUGUGAGAUGGCUGAGAUGCUGCGGCGGUACUUUCCAGGUGCAGCCAGUUGUUGAAUGAUGGAACGAAACCUGAGCUUAAACCAAACAUGUGGCACCUACAUUAUAAAUGUUUGUAACCAAAUAAAAAUACAUUUUUGUUCAAACUCCUGCUUUGUAAAAGAAGGUGUGGGAAAAUUACAUACUUUUAAAUGUUGAUAUGUUCAUGACAUGUGUGCAUGAUGUCCCAUUUCAUAACAUGCUUUCAAUUCUGCUCUUGUAUAACCGCCAACGUAUCAGAGAAUGUCCUCUUUUUUUAUGAACAAGCUCAGACAUGUCAAUAUAUAUGUAGAGAACAAACAAAAUGAUUGAUAAAAAAAGUCACACA